AUGUCCAUGGCAGGAAACCCCUGGGGCUGGUUCCUGGGCCACCUCCUCCUCAGUGUCACAGGAUCCCUCGCCUGGGGUGGAGGCAGCGACAUCAUAAACGGCGAGGACUGCCACCCGCACUCGCAGCCUUGGCAGGCGGCACUGUUCUUGGAAAAGGAAUUUUUCUGCGGGGGCGUCCUGGUGCAUCCUCAAUGGGUGCUGUCAGCCGCACACUGUUUCCAGAAUUCCUAUACCAUCAGGCUGGGUCUGCACAGUCUUGAGGACGACCAUGAACCAGGCGGUCAGAUGAUGGAGGCUCACCUCUCCAUCCAGCACCCAGAGUACAACAGACCAUCUUUUGCCAACGACCUCAUGCUCAUCAAGUUGGAAGAAUUGGUGCCCCAGUCUGACACCAUCCAAAACAUCGGCGUCGCCUCCCAGUGCCCGACCGCUGGGGAUUCUUGCCUCGUUUCCGGCUGGGGUCGGCUAAAGAAUGGCAGACUGCCCAAAGUGCUCCAAUGCGUGAAUAUCUCAGUGGUGUCGGAGGAGAUCUGCAGUGAACUCUAUGCCCCUGUGUACCACCCCAGCAUGUUCUGCGCUGGCGGAGGCCGGGACCAAAAGGACUCCUGCCAUGGUGACUCUGGGGGCCCCCUGGUCUGCAACGGGUCCCUGCAGGGCCUUGUGUCCUUUGGACAAUCCCCCUGUGGCCAGCGCAACGUGCCAGGCGUCUACACCAACCUCUGCAAGUUCACAGACUGGAUACAGAAAACCAUCCAGGCCAGUUAACUCCAGGGACUGGGACCCAUGAAAUUGAACCCCCAAAUAUAAGCUGCUGAAGGAAUUCAGGAAUCUGGGUUCCCAGUGCCUUCCUCCUUCAGACCCAGGAGUCUAGACCCCCUCCCCCAUCCCCAGUAGUCCGGUCCUGCUAAGAAUAUCUUCCUGUACACAGUGCCCCCUAGUGGCACAAUGUUGACCCCGCCUUACCAUUGGUAGAGAAAGUUGGGUUUUCACCGUCAUAUGUCCCUUCCUCUAAGCCUAGAAAUAAAGUCGAAGAGAAGCACGGGUUCGGCUCAGACUCUCCUCCUUACUUCCCUUCCCAUCCAAGGGAUUCCAGCAAAUAGCUUUCCCUCCUUGUGCCUCAGUUUCCCCAUCUGGGAAAUGGGAGCCUUGACCAGGAGAGCCACAGGAUCCCCAAGGAACGAGACAUAGCUGGAAGGUUAAGAGAACUGAUUCUGUGGAUGUUGUCCAAUUUCUGAAAAGUCACAUCAGCAAACGGCAAAUUAAUGGGAUUUACUUAUUCGGUUUAUGUAGCUUUCACUGACUGCUUUUGGUUUGGUCUUCUUAAGAAUUUUAAGAAUUCUAAGAAUUUUAAGAAUUCUCGAUUUGUAGCUGUCUCAGGACCCUCCUGCUGUAGCUGGAGACU